CUUUCCAUCACUUGAAUCUGUUCUCUCUUUGUCCUCACUCAUUUUCUUUUUUUGCGAAGCCUCAACAUUGAUACUUCACAUUAUUACUGACGGCAGCCUUUCUGCGUCGGUUCUUUCCCGAACGCUCUCGUCUCCGCGUCGAUCAAUUCCUCUGUGGAGCAGCACCAGCUUCACAUCUACAGCUCUGCUCCGCGAGCGAGGCAGAAACUGCUUGGAAAUCCGCACAAGCGCACCCUCGGCAGCACCUCCUAGCACUGACUGAGGCUCUGUCUCAUAAAAAGGCCUGCGACGUCUGCCCUGUACCGAACCACUUCACUGUCCGAUUAUCAAUCAACAUCUCGAGACAACUGAACCAUGUCGACUGCUGAGGGAGCAUCAACCACCGGUCGAAGCGAAGGAAGCUCUCGGGGGCGCGGCCGUGGGGGAGGUGGUGGCGGAGGCGGAGGAAGAGGAAGAGGAAAUCAGGGCCAGAAUCGAGGCGGUGCCAGGCGAGGAGGGCGAGGUGAUAGCAAUCGCGGACAGGGACGAGGACAGAAGGAGACAGAAGGUGCUCCAGCUACAUCCGCCGAAGAGGCCGCUGCAGCUGCAAACAAGGAGAACAAGGCGCUGGCAGCGACUGCUCCCAAGCUGCAAGCCGACGACGACGAUGACGAUGGCGACAUCUGCUUCAUCUGCGCCAACCCCGUCGCCCACCACUCGAUUGCGCCGUGCAACCACAAGACAUGCCAUAUCUGCGGCCUGCGCAUGAGGGCGCUGUACAAGACCAAGGAUUGUGCCCACUGCCGAACGCCAGCUGCGUAUGUUAUCUUUACCGACGAUGCCGACAAGAAGUUCCAAGCCUACACAGACAGCGAUUUCACCUCCACCGACAGCAACAUCGGCAUCAAAUACACCAACGAGGAGAUUGUCGGCGACACCGUCCUCCUGCUGCGGUACAACUGUCCCGACGGGUCGUGCGAUUUUGCCGGGCUGGGCUGGGCCGAUCUGCAUCGUCACGUCAAGUCGGCGCAUCGCAAGCGCAUGUGUGAUCUCUGCACUCGCAACAAGAAAGUCUUCACCCACGAGCAUGAGCUGUUCACGGAUAAGGAACUGGAGAGGCACAUGCGCCACGGUGACGACAAGCCGGGUGCUGCCGACCAGACGGGCUUCAAGGGCCACCCCCUCUGCGGCUUCUGCGGGGAGCGCUUCUACGACGACGACAAGCUGUUUGAGCACUGCCGCAUGAAGCACGAGCGUUGCUUCCUGUGCGAUAGGCGGGACUCGCGACAACCGCACUAUUUUCUCAACUACGACGAACUGGAGAAGCACUUCAAGAAGGACCACUUUCUCUGCCCCGAUCGGGGAUGCUUGGAGAAGAAGUUCGUUGUCUUCGAGUCGGAGCUGGACAUGCAGGCACAUCAUCUGGCAGAGCAUGCUGGCAAACACGUGGGCCGUGAUGCCAGACUGGUCGACAUUUCGGCCUUUGACAUUCGCCAGUCGUAUCAGCAAGAGAGGCGUGGUGGAGGCGGUGCUGCAUCUGGUAGCGGCGGCCAGGGAGAGGGACGAUCACGGGCUAGAGGAAGAGGCAACAGGGGAAGAGACCCCAACGAAGACAGCAUCCUGCCAACCGUGACAUCGGCCCCGCCCCUGCGUAGAGACGAGAUUGCGUUCCAGCGGCAAAUGGCCAUCGCUGCGGCACCCGCAGGCUCCAAUCGGACGUUUCGUGGUCAGCUGUCGUCCCCUGCCCCCGCUGCGGCCACCUCCAGCUCUCCCGCAACACCCACGCUCGCACCAACGCCGGCUCAGGCUUCCUCUACCCGAAAUGCCGCCGCAGCGACAUCACGGCCCCGGAGUGUUGGCCCGGGCACCGGCCCCGCUCCUCCCACGGACGGUAUGGAGACGCUCAGCCUUACCGACACGAGCAACCUCUCCGCCGAAGAGCGAGCCCGUCUGGUCCGCCACGGCAGCGUCAUUGAGCGGGCCGCAAACCUGCUCGGCAAUGACUCGCAUAAGAUGGCGACCUUCCGCAGCCACAUCUCGACAUAUCGCCAGGGAGGCUUCACGGCACCUCAGCUCGUCGAGGCAUUCUUUACCCUCUUUGCAGACGUCUCCUCCAACGCGCUGGGGAUCCUGGUGCGAGAGCUAGCAGAUCUCUUCGACGACAAGUCCAAGGCUGAUGGCCUUAGAAAGGCCUGGCAGGACUGGCGUGCCAUCAACGAAGACUACCCCAGCCUGCCUGGGCUCGGCGGCAUGCAAGGCGCAACGUCGAGCUCCAGCGGCUGGGCGAGCGCUGCGGCCGCGAACACGGGUUUCACCAUUGUUGCUCCGUCGCAGCGAAACUCAACAAGGGUCCUGAAGCUGAAGAAUAGCACUCGGUUAGGCGGUCCGGCACCCAACACGUUGAGAGGGCCGCCCGGCUGGGUCCCAGCGGCCUCGUCCUCUAGGGCUUCGUCGUCCUCCAAGGCGCCGUCGGCAUCCGCAUUCCCGUCUCUGCCGCCGCCCUCCUCAUCGUCAUCUUCGUCGACAGCAGCACGAGUAUCUGCCGCUGCUUCCGCUCCAUCAUGGACAGCCGCAUCAUCAUCUUCUUCUUCUUCAGCAACGCGAUCCCGCGGACCUCCGCCGCCCAAUACCCGCGCGGAAGAUGCCUUCCCCGCACUUCCCGCGGCGCCGAAGCCGCAGACGACCAUCUUUGGCUACGGCAAGGGCCGCGGCGUGAGGCGAGAUUUCGGCCAGCAGGAAUCCAACUUCCAGUGGGGAGCUGCCCCUGCGUCUUCGUCAUCUGCGGCGGCUCAGCCCGAGCCGGCGGAUGAUGCCGAGGCGACGGGAGGAAAGGGCAAGAAGGGAGGGAAGAAGAACAAGAAGCAGAUUCUGGUGCAGUGGGGUUAA